GAAGUGGAAGAGGAGGAGGACGAUGAUGCCAACUAUGACAAGGAGGAGGAUGAUGAUGCCAACUAUGACAAGGAGGAGGAUGAUGAUGAUGAGGCGGAGGAGGAAGAUGAAGCUGCAGAGGCCACAUCUGUGCCACACAAGGGCAAGAAGCUCUUCACCUGCACAUACUGCAGCGAGACCAUCCACCAUGUCUCCCACUUCUUACAGCAUGGCGUUGUCCACCCUGGUGAGAGGCCGUACAGCGGCAGGCACUGCAGCAAGAGCUUCAGCCAAAGGUGUGGCCACCACCAGCACCUCUGUAACCACCACUCCAAGGGUCAUAGGCUGUGCAGUGGCGAGAAGGCACCAGACACCCUGGUCAUCACCAGUGCCUCUGAUGAGGGCCAGGGGAAGUUCAGCCAGCGCUCGGACCUGGUGAGACACACAUAGACCAACAACAGUGAGGGGCUGUACGUCUGUGAUGACUGUGGCAAGGGCUUCACCAAGAAGUCCAACCUCUCCCUGCACAUGCACACCCACUCUGGCAAGACGCCCUUCACAUGGAACACUUGCAGUAAGAGCUUUACCAACAACUGCACCUUGAGCCAGCACAUGCAGACCCACACUGGGGAGAAGCCCUUUGCCUGUGACACCUGCAGCAAGAGCUUCAGCCACAGCUCCCACCACAUCCAGCACAUGCGCACCCUGCACCAGGGACCAGCCUAUUCCACAGAGUCUGGGGACUCCAGCAGCAGCAAAUGCCAUCGUCAUGCCACCUGCCCUAAGUGUCUAUUGGUGAUGAUGAGAAUUAUG